AUGUCUGCCGCUACGCUUCCCCGCCGCGCCCUCAUCGCCGUCACUUCGGCCCACGCCCCGCUCAUGAACGGAGAGACCACGGGCCUCUUUAUCGGCGAGGCACUUCACCCAUUCAACGUCCUGACCGCUGCUGGAUUCGAGGUCGACCUGGCCUCGGAGACGGGCACCUACACCCCGGACUGGCUUUCCCUGCAGCCGGAUUUCUUGUCCGGCGACGACCUGAAGGCCUGGCAGGACGAGACAAGCGCGUUCCGCCAGAAGCUGGACAACAUGCCCAAGGCAGCCGACCUCGACGCCAGCCGCUACGGCCUCUUUUACGCGUCGGCCGGCCAUGCCGCACUGAUUGACUACCCGACGGCGUCGGGCCUCCAGGCCGUCGCCACGCAGGUCUGGGCCAACGGCGGUGUUGUUUCGUCUGUCUGCCACGGCCCGGCCAUCUUUGCCAACCUGCUCGACACGGCGACGGGCGCGCCGCUUAUCCAGGGCAAGACCAUCACGGGCUUUACCAGCGAGGCCGAGGACGUCUUGGGCAUUACGGCAGUGCUCAAGACGUGGGGCCAGCCUCUGGUGGAGGAGCUUGCCGAGACGCUGGGUGCCAAGUAUGUGCGGUCUGCGGGAAUCUGGGACGACUACCACGUUGUGGACGGCCGUCUGGUGACGGGCCAGAACCCGGCCAGUGCUUCAUCGACUGCGCGCGCGGCUGUGGAGGUGUUCAACAAGCUGUGA